AUGCCAGUGACCGUUGCCCUCCUGCUCCUCCUGAGCCAGGCCAGCGCAGACCCAUGCUACCAUCCCGGGGGCCGCCCCCGCUUCUGCCUCCCACCAGUGACCCAGCUGGCCGCCAUGGCUGCCUCCUGUCCCCAGGCCUGCAUCCCCUCCCCGGGGGCGGAUCUCGGCCCCUGGGCCACCUGCAAUGGCAGUCUGACCCUGGCUCUGGGUGGCCCCUUCCUCCUGACGUCCGUCAGCCUGCGCUUCUGCACCCCGGGACCCCCAGCCCUGGUCCUGUCUGCCGCCUGGGCCACCGGAGGGCCCUGGAGAUCACUGUGGCGCAGACCCGCCUGGCCGGGGGCCUUGGGAGGCCCCGAGACGGUGACCUUCCGAGCCUCACUGGGACCUAAGGCCAGGGUGGUGGCCAGUCACCUCCGUGUGGAGCUCGGGGGCCAGGCAGGGCUGGCAGCAGCAGGAGUGAGAGGCCGCUGCCAGUGCCAUGGCCACGCAGCCCGCUGUGCUGCCCGUGACCGGCCGCCCCGCUGCCGCUGCCGCCACCACACCACCGGCCCAGGGUGUGAGAGCUGCCGCCCAUCCCACCGCGACUGGCCCUGGCGGCCUGCCACGCCCCGGCACCCUCACCCUUGCUUGCCCUGUUCCUGCAACCAGCACGCGCGACGCUGUAGGUUCAACUCUGAGCUGUUCAGGCUGUCGGGCGGCCGGAGUGGGGGUGUUUGUGAGCGGUGCCGCCACCACACAGCCGGGCGGCACUGCCACUACUGCCAGCCGGGGUUCUGGAGGGACCCUAGCCAGCCUAUCAACAGCCGCAAGGCCUGCAGGGCCUGCCAGUGCCAUCCUAUCGGGGCGACAGGUGGUACCUGCAACCAGACCAGUGGGCAGUGCUCCUGCAAGUUAGGGGUCACUGGCCUGACAUGCAGCCGCUGUGGUCCCGGCUACCAGCAGAGCCGCUCCCCCAGGAUGCCCUGCCAGCGAAUUCCAGAGCCAACCACCACCCUUGCUACAACCCCUCAUGCUUACAGCUCGGACCCUCAGUGUCAAAACUACUGCAAUAUCUCGGACACCAGGGUACACAUGAGCCUUCGGAGGUACUGCCAGCAGGACUACGUGCUCCGCGCACAGGUGCUGGCGUCCGAGGCGGCAGGCCCUGCGUGGCAGCGGCUGGCCGUGCGCGUCCUGGCUGUAUACAAGCAGCCGGCGCGGCCUGUGGGCCGCGGCGGCCAGGACGCCUGGGUGCCCCGCGCCGACCUGGCCUGUGGCUGCUUGCGCCUGCGGCCCGCCACCCACUACCUGCUGCUGGGCAGCGCGGCCGCCGGCCCCGACCCCGCGCGCCUCGUCCUCGACCGCCACGGCCUCGCGCUGCCCUGGAGGCCGCGCUGGGCCCGGCCGCUGCGGCGGCUGCAGCAGGAGGAGCGCGCCGGGGGCUGCCACGGCCUGCGGCCUUCGACACCGAGCCCCGAACCCAGGAUCUAG